AUGGUUCCGAACGGACCCGCGCGCCCGGGGAAGGGGCUGCACAAGGACGCUGGGGGCAGGGCCCCCGGCCCGGCCCCGGCUCGCGCUCGCCCCGCAGCCCCGCCGCCCCGAGAGCCGAGCGCCGAGAGCCGCGGCCCGAGACGGGCUGGCCGCGCGCCUGGGGACUCCGGGGGCCGCGCGCGGGACGAGCGGGAGGAGCGGGGAGGAACGCGGGGCCACGCCCCCGGCGAAACCCCGCCCGCGCCACGCCCACCUCUAGCUACGCCCCGCGUCGGCCAAUCCCGACAGGCCCGCCCCGAAAGCCACGCCCCGCUCCGGGCCACGCCCGCCACAGAGCUACGCUCAGAGCCGGCCAACCCCACAGGGCCACGCCCCCGACACAGCCGAGGCACGCCCCCUGUCAGCCACGCCCACCACAAAGACACGCCCCCGUUGUGGUUAGGCCACGCCUUCGGGCCGCCCCCAGUCCCGAGGAUCCGCCCUCACGCGCGCACCACGAACACGCCCCGCGCCCCAGCGACCCGCCUGCCACGCCACGCCACGCCGCGCCUCGCUCCGCCCCGCGAGCCUGGACCGGGCGGCAGGCGCCGGGGAGCGGAGAUUGAAGCGCCCUGGGAAGUGGCAGCGAGAGGCCCGGUCUACCCCGGGCGAACCUUAACUCUAGGCACAGCCAGGCCCUCUGGAGAAGGGAGGCUUUGCCCAGAUUCCUGGAAAAAGCGGGCCAGGAGGCUGCCCAAUGUGGGGCCCGACACGCGUAGUGUCCCCCAAAGCCCUGUCUGGGAGAAGUCGGAGCACCUUCGGGGUGAUCCCAACCCACUCCUUCCCCCCGCGAGCAAGGAGAAAAGGAACGUGGUGUCAAUGAGCACAAUUACCUACUAG